UAGAACAGCAGCAUCCUGAACACACAGUCCAGUUCCUCCUUUACACUGAUGAAGUGUACAGUUGGGAUUUUGAGAGAGAUUUACUUGUGCAUAAAUGUGUAGAACCAGAACAACCAUGGACAGUUAUAAGUGGAUUCUGAGCUCCCUGGGGAAAGGUCCUGCCAGACGGAACCUGUUUGGCCCAGUGGACCAUGAGCAGCUGCAGCAGGAGUACCAGAAUGCCUUGCGCAGAGACCUGGAGGAUGCCUGUUGCCGCUGGGGCUUUGACUUCCUGUCAGAGAAACCUCUGGCUGGGGGAGACUUCCAGUGGGAGGGGGUUCUAAGCACCAAGCUGCCUCUCCUCUACCAACCCUGCCUUUUGGGUCAGGGGGAGGCACAGAGGGAGGGAGGCCUGGUGGCCAUCACAGGGAGGGUCAGGGCAGGGCCAUUGCACCGUGGCAAGGAGAAUAUCCCUUGCACCCCUGAGAAGUGUGUAGCCAACCACCAGAAUCUGGAGAAAACACCAGACAAGAAGGAGAACACAAACCACAACGAAAACAGACUGACGACAAAACAGACCGAAGACUAAACAGACCAACCUCACAGGCAGGAGCGUUGGUGUCGUGUGUGGAUAUUUCUACCAAGCCAAGAAGAGAGUGGUGGGUACGCAGUGUAAGUCAGGCCAGUGAUUUCAGGGCACACAGUCACAGCUGCCAGGGAGCCAACAGUCAGGACAGAACCACAGCAAACACUACUUCUCGCAGGAACCCACACACUGCACAGACACUGGACACAUAGAGUGGAUACUUACCUGGAGGAAUACAUAAUCAAUACUCUCGACAAAUGCAGGGGGAAAUUAAACAACCUCUUUUAUUGCAUCCAUUACCAAUGCAUACUGUAAAAAUAAAUAAAUGAGAUCCAUGUAUGGUUAA